UUGGCUCACCCUGUAUUGGGCAGGUAUUCUCUAACCUAUCCUACCUCAAAUAGAUGUCACGUCCAAACGUUGACAAUAAAUAAAUUGUGGUGUGAGACUUUCAAAGUACUUCCGGUUGAGUAAUUUGGCAAAAUAUUCAAAUAUAUUGCAGAAUAAUAAUGUUUCCUCAACGCGAUAUGAGAUUGUGCUGAUAGGCGUCCGCAUGACUACUUUUUUUCUGUAUUUCUAGUCAUGACCAAAAAAUGUGCUCGAUGUGGAAAGCCUGUUUACUUUGCUGAAGCAAAGACUUCUUUAGGCAAGGACUGGCACAGGCAAUGUCUCAGAUGUGAAGAAUGUGGUAAAGUCCUCAAUCCUGGACAACAUGCUGAGCACAAAGGCUCUCCUUACUGCCACCUCCCCUGUUACAGUGCACUAUUUGGGCCAACUCUUCUGCGUCAAGGCCAGAACGCAAUCGCACAUUCCAGCUUCGGCAACAUGAAGGAACGCAGUCCAGAAUCAACCCUUGAAAGGUCAGAGAUCAAUCGAAGGAUCCAGAUAUACAACCGUGACAUGAACAAGAAUGGACAACUGAAGUGUAAAGAGGUGAAUGGUAGGAUGGUAUUUGAUGGGCUGCUAAGGGUCCACUGGGGACUGAAGAGUGUAAUACACCUACAAGAUAAAGAUAACAUCCCUGUAUCCAAAGCUGAGAAGAGAGCGAGUAUUCUGGGAGAUGGGGAAUCAAAUGGUUUUGACUUGAGUGGUGAUGCAUUGAAGCAAUUAUUGAUGGGAAACAAGAGCCCUGAACCUAUCACUAGAACAAUUGAUGACACACUAGUUGUGAUGCGUCAUUCCCGUAAUAAGCCUCGACGUUACAACACAAUGGCAUGCAGGGCAGACAGGACCAAACGUUACUCAAUCAAUGGACAUCUGUACAAUCAAGAGACAAGUGUAUUCGUGCCGCCCCAAGGCACAGUGACGUGUGUUAGAGUUAGCAACAGCAUGACGACUAUGGAAGUCAUACAGUUACUCUUUGACAGGUUCAAAGUUCAAAAUGAUCCAAAGAACUUUGUCAUGUCAGUUUGCCAGAAAAGUGGAGAGACUAAAGUCCUGAAGGACAAUGACCACCCUCUGGUUGAGAGGAUCGUGCUAGGACCUGUGGAGGAUGAGGCAAAAAUAUUCCUUUUAGACCGAGCAGCUGCUAAUGAUAUUCCUAAUGAGGUAGCUUCUUAUGUUGGUUUGCCAGAACCAGUUCUAAAUGGAUUCUUGGAAAAAAUUGAAAAGGAGGAAAGUCAGGAAUUAAACCAAAUAAAACAAAGGUAUGAACUGUACAGGAAGAAAAUAGGAGAGAGAAUCAAAAACCUCCAGAAGGGACGUUAA